AUGUCGCCCCCUUCCUUGGGUGACGCUGCCUCCUCUAAUAAUGGUCCCAGUCCCUCGUUUGCCGGCCCUGGUCCAGGUAGUGUGAGCGGUAUGACAUCGCCCUCGAGUGCUCGCGUGGGUGAAGGCUCGGGCCCCCUAGGCAUUCGACCCGACCGACCCUGUGAUGGCUGUCGACGUCGCAAGAGCCGCUGUGUCAUGAACCCGGAUGCUGCCUCGUGCGUCAUGUGCCAGUUCCACAAGCAGGCCUGUACCUUUAUCGAAGACGCAGCUCCUCGGCGACGGAAGCAGCCCAACACCAACACCAACACCACCGCCAACAACCCUCUUGCUGGCGGCAAUGCCAGUUCCGAGAAUGCUUCGGUUGCUUCCCUAGCUCGGCAAAGACGAUCAGGUUCCGAUGGCAACGGCCAUGCCCCACGACGGCAAUCUGCUGAAUCCAUUCGUACCGGUCCCGUCAUUGACGAUUAUGCCAACUUGCAGGGCGAGUCACUGCUCAAAAAAACCUUAGGGCUGCAAAAUCAUCGAUAUGCAAAAUAUAUUGGACCUACCGACGAACACGACUUUGCCCUAUUGGACCUUCGACUGUACGACGACAUCAAGGGCGAAAGUCCCGCCGACCAAGGCUCCUUUCGCAAAGUCGGCCCCAAUGAGUUUUUCCACCAAUAUGCCGACUCGGAUUCUCCCAAUCAUGCCAGGGAGAUCGAGGAGCUCGACAACAUCGAGCGCAUUGUCGCCCCUCACGGUGAAGCUCUGAUCAAACUCUACUUCCGCAUUGUCCACCCGACCUUUCCCAUCCUGCACAAGAAGGUCUACCUGGAGAAGUAUGGCCGGACCCAUCGGGAGUUCUCCCCACCCUUACUUGCUGCCGUCUACAUCCUGGCGCUGAAUUGGUGGUCAUACAGCGCCGAGCUCGCCAGGCAGACCAAGCCCAACGUCGCUGAACUGGAAGACGUUGCCUACCGGACGUUGCAAGACGUCUCACAUCGAGCCAAGCUGUCCACGGUCCAGGCAGGGCUUCUCCUGCUCCAACGACCGGGCAGUAACCAGGCCUGGCAGCUAACGUCGCAGCUCGUCGCCAUUGGCCAAGAUCUCGGGCUCCAUCUGGACUGUUCGAACUGGCGCAUCCCGUCGUGGGAGAAGGGGCUUCGGAAACGGCUGGGCUGGGCUCUCUUCAUGCAGGACACGUGGUCGGCCUUGAUCUAUGGACGGCCUCCUCACAUUUCCUCGACCAACUGGGCCGUCCAGCCGGUGAUCAGCAGCGACUUCCCCGAGAGUGCCGCCGACGAGGACGGGGAGGACGGCAGCACUGAGGUGGAGAAGGGCCGGACGCUGUUCAGCGCUAUGAUCACGCUGACCAAGAUGCUGGCCGAGGUGCUAGAUGGCCUGUACUCGCUACGGGCGGAGAUGGAGGUCAAGAGUUCGUACGACAGCACGAAGGCCAUCCUCGACCGGGCCAAACCCAUCCAGCUCAAGCUGCGAUCCUGGUACGCCGAGAUGCCUGAGACGCUGCGCAUGGACGCCACGAGGGUCGGCAAGCUGAGCUCGGUGGGCUAUCUGCACCUGGCCUACUUCGCCACCGAGAUCACGCUGCACCGCCGGAUCCUGCGCUCGCUCUCUCACAACACGGACCCUUACAUGAUCCAAAUCUGUCGCUCGGCGGCCAAAGCCCGCCUGAUCAGCGCCAUGGACUUUUUCAACCGCCUCAAGCCCGAGCAUCUGCAGUCGUUCUGGUACUUUGCCUCAAAGUUCAACUUUGCCCUCAUCGGCACCUUUGCCGGCCUGUGCUUCGUCACCUCGGUGAGCCAGGAGGAGGCCGAAUUCUACCAGCGACGGCUCCAAGAGUACCGCUGGACGCUAAGGGUCUCGAACAAGAGCGCAGAGUUCUUGGAGAUUGCGAGCGGCAUCCUUGAGUCGGCCGUGGGUUCGCUGCUCAAAGCUGCAGACGCCAUUGACAGCCGGCGCUGGUCGUUUCCCAUGCUCCAGCAGCAGCCCGAGGAGGAGGACACGGCCAUGGAAUCUUUCUUCCCCAGCACCGACGAUGCAUUUUACGACACCCAGAUGGAUUCUUGA